AUGCCGGAGAUUCAAAACCUAUUAAAUGAAUUAGAUGCACGUGUAAGGAGUAAAGACGAGCGCCACUUUUAUAAUACCGAAUUGAAAAUGAAAAUGAAGAUAACUGGAAACAUAUAUCUCGUUCUCUAUAUAAUAGUAGCUAUAACAGCUGAACUAACCACACUCAUGAGUAAAGAACGAGUACUACUUUAUCCUGCUUGGUUUCCAUUUGAUUGGCGCUCCAGCACCACAAAGUACUUAUUAGCACACUUAUACCAAAUUAUUGGUAUUUCCACAAUAUUAACGCAGAAUUAUGCUAAUGAGACCACACCAGGUCUAUUGCUUUGCUUGCUAGCCGGUCAUAUUAAGCUUCUCGCCAUACGUGUUGCCAAAACUAGUCACAACUGUGAAAACCAACAGGAAAAUGAGUUGGAACUGUUGAGUUGCGUCAAAGAUCAAAAAAAAAUUUACAGGUAA